AUGAUCAACGGCGUGAUUCCCCUGGCGACUCUUCACCUUCGCGCGACUGGAAUCACACGAGUGGGCCUCAGUAUAUUGGUAGACUACUAUGAAAAUCAUCGUGGCCAUAGUGACAUUCCCCUCAGGCUUCUGUCGCUCGACCACAACGACCUCUCAGAAGCUCUUGGCGCGUGCGAGGAAUUCUCAAGAUUUUCGCAGGCAUUGGGGGCCCAAUGCAUGGAGCUAAAGGAGUUGAACUUGCGUUCUACGCGUCUGAACGUGUCUCAGCUUUCUGCUUUAUGCAGGGCAAUCCCACUUGCACCACGGCUUCAUCGUUUAACGAUUCAAGGUGUUGCGCUGUCAGGCGAUUUCCAGAGCGACAGCUGUAGUGUCAAUCCACUUCUGCGUGCGGUUGCAGACCCGCGCAGUAAGGUCAAGUAUGUGGACGUGAGUGCUGUGGAGCACAAGAAAUUGCACAACGAUUUGAUGCAUGCAGCUAAAAACCGUGAAAAGAAACGCGUCGGCGACCCUGAGGCUGGCGCGAAAGUGCUGGACCGCAUUGAUCUCUCGGUUCCGAUUCUCGCUCGGGUGCGCGAGUUGUCGUUUGUUCACCCGCAUUACCCGGCGCGCGCUAAUUUGGAGUGUCAAUUCGGCACAUUGGAAAAGGUGGAUUGCGACGAGGGUGUCAGGCUGGAUGAUGACGACGUCGGCAAGUUGUACGAAUUCGACGUUCAAUUCAGGGACGCGCGAUUGUUCUUGACCCGGAAGAACGAAGCUUCAGAUAUCCCGUACAAUUUCAAGACCCGUCGAGGUAUCGCUCUCAUUCUGGUACGCACUAUUCCUGAACCGAACGGUGUGGCAUACGAAUUCGGCAAGAAAAUAUUGGCCUACCGACCGAGGCCGACUACGCAGGCGGCUGGCAUUCUGCGCGCUCGCUUUGAAUUGGGCAUUCUUCCGGACUUCCUGGCCCAGGAACGUCGCUUCCACGAAGGCAUCUCGAACAAAAAGCUGAAGCAAGCCUUCUCGUUUGACGAGCUGAUGCACCGUAUCUCGUGUGCCGAGUUUUCUGAUAAAGAGGUCAAGCAGUUGGCGCAGUUGGAGGAACAGGAGCACUUCCGCGACUUCCUGCACAAGAGCAACAGCCCCGGUCCAGAACUCGCCAGUAUGCAAGCACGUGCGUUGAAGCUUGACGGUGUGAUGCAGCUCGUCAGCGCGUUUGAAGCGGAACGCGUUCGCCGCGGCUUGCCUUUGAUUCCCGUUGAUGAGCCCAGUGCUGGCGAACAAGACAUCGUUGCGAGCCUAACGUCGCCAAAUCAAUCCGACUCUGCCUUACCUUUGGAGCUAGUGGAGUCGCGAUGCUCGCAUCAGUCAUUCAUGGGCUCUGCAGAAAGAUUUGCGGACUUCGAAACGCCGCUGGAAGCAAUAGCAACCUACUACAGAGGCAUCAGCGGGCGCGUGUGCCAGGCGCGUGGCCUGGAGUCUAUGGGAAAGGCGUUUACGAGGGUAGUCAGCGUCGAUGGGGGCAGGGAGCUCCUAGUAUGCUUUCUACAUGUUGCAGAAGAUUUGAUCGAUGAUAGGACGCAGCUACCUUUGGGGUGCACGCUGAAUCCGUAUCGAAGUGUGUGGGUCGAUGUGGACGGCCUUUGCCAACUGGCCGAUUCGCUAGUGCAAGACGGAUUUCCAACGUUGCCAGAUGUGUUGGCAACAGAGAUGCGCAAUCGUCAGGUGUCGGAUUCAGUGCCCCAUUUGGAACGCGUAGUUCGCUGA